AAUUCAGCAGCUUUCUGCUUUCCCUCUGUGCACGCUGCACCGCCCUCCAUCUGUAAGCCUACACUACCGCACUGCGCAAUUCCAACGCCAAAUCUCUUCCUCCUCCCUCUGCAAACUUCUCUCACAUUCCGUCGCCAUGUCCCUCGACUUGAUCUUCUGGAUUGUCUGCUUCGUCAUGGGCUUAGGUCUCGUCGCCUUCACCUUUUACCAGAUGCUGUGUUUGUUGGACUUGGAGGCUGACUUUCUGAAUAUUUAUGAGGCUGCAUCUCAGAUCAAUUCUGUGGUUCUCCCUGAGUUUAUAUUGCAAGGUGUUCUCUGUGCUAUUUUUCUCUUGACAUGGCACUGGUUUAUGUUUCUUGUGGCAGCCCCAGUUGCUCUCUAUCACGUGAUGUUGUAUGUGAAUGGGAAGCAUCUUGUUGAUGUCACUGAGAUCUUCAGAAAUCUUAAUCAAUACAAGAAGUUGCGAUAUUAUAAACUGGGUGCAUAUAUGUUUCUCUUGAUUGUAGUCUUGACCAGGCUUACGUUAUCUGCUUUCCACUAUGUGAGAAAUGGGGAUGAUCUUGUGCAUCUAUUUUGAUUACCUCCUACUUCAGCAGUAUGUUAACCAGGCUUGUAAGUUGGUUGCCUAUGUUUCUGAUCCAUACCAAACAGAGUCUUAGCUGACAGGAUUACAUAUGUUUUAGAGCAUUUCAAAAUCUGUUUUUCACUUGAGCUGCCAUGCCCUUUAUCAGGGUUUUUCCCAGUGUUGUAAAAAGCGGGCCUAGGUGGUGCCAUUCUGCCCGCAUCAGCCUGUAGGCAGAAAUUCAAUGCAGUUUGCACUGCCCAAGUCAAUUAAGCAUGCCCAGGCACAAUUAGGUGCGCUUAAUGGCCUGAGCAAUUUUUUUUUUUUAGUCUAAUGAAACAACAUUGUUUAAUUUGUUAAAAAAAUUAGAUUAAAAAAACUAAAUGCUUAGUAAUUUCCCAAAAUUCUGAUUUUCAUACAUGAUAAUGAAUAGAAAAAUGUUUAAUUUUUCUUUUUGUUUUGUAAUUUUUGAAUUGUUUUACAUUUUUUUCUUAUUUUCUUAGAAUUUUAUCAAAAAAAAUAUUUUUUUUUUAAAAACACCUGCCUAGGCGGCCUAGGCACUGCCUAAGCACUCUAGACUCUAGGCUGUGGGCAACCACCCACCAUCGUCUAGUGCUUUUUGCAACCUUGGUUUUUCCAAGUGUUCUCUUGAUUGAAGUAUAUUAGAAUGGUAGUAGACUGGUUUUUAGUGUUAAAAGAAUGAAUGAUUAACAUCAUUGUGCUACAUAGUUAUACAAUUAAUCCAAUGACUUGAACGAGAUCGUUUUAGUGGUAUUCAUGGUAAUUUUUAAGUUUCUUUCACAUCAAACUAUUGUUUGAUGUAUUUGUUAAACAUUACUUACUUUCAACCUUCCACUGUUAUUGUAAAAAAUUAAAAAUGCCUGUAGCUAAAGCUUGCAUUUCUUUUGUACCUUCAUCGCCUUUAUUUUCUCUUUCAUUUUAUGAAAACAGUAUUUCUGCUAUUUUUACAUGUUUCCCUUGUCAAAAAUAAAUGUUAAAAUUUUUU